AUGGCCGAUGAACAAAUGAUGGGUGCUGAAGCUAAUGAUAUUCAGUUUUUACGCACGGAAGAUCAUAUAUGUUUAAGUUGUGUGCCUGUAUCAAGUGUUAAACGAAUGGCAUUAUCAGGUGAAGCAUUUGGAAAUCGAAUGUGUUAUCUUGAAGAUAUAUCAAAUGAGGCCUGCUGUCCUGAUGUAGCAUCAUGUGUAUUUGCACUUGAACAAGCUGUAUCAGUACGCGCUUUACAAGAAAUGGUUAAUACAACUUCAACUGAACAAUCAUCAGCAAAUCAAGGUGGACAAACAUUUCGAACAUUAUUAUAUGGUCAUGCAGUUCUUCUUCGACAUUAUCGUAGUCAAAUGUAUUUGAGUUGUUUAUCAACUAGUACAUCCAAUGAUAAACUUGCUUUUGAUGUCGGCUUAAAAGAAGACGCACAAGGUGAAUCUUGUUGGUGGACAAUUCAUCCAGCAUCAAAACAACGAAGUGAAGGUGAAAAAGUACGCUUUAAUGAUGAUGUUAUAUUAGUUUCAGUUUUUUCUGAACGUUAUCUUCAUGCCUAUACGACAACAACUGACCGUGGUCGAGUUAAUGCAUCAUUUCGUCAACAAGUAUGGAGUCUUGUACCAAUAUCUAGUGGUGUAGCACGUGUCAAAAAUCCAGGAUUUGUUCUUGGUGGUGAUGUUCUACGAUUAAUGCAUGGUAAUAUGGAUCAUUGUAUUACAGCACUACCACCAUCAGAAUUACAAGUAGUCGAUGAUUCUGGAAGUUUAUUUAUCAAAAGUGGUGCUGCUUGUCAACAAGCUCGAUCAUUAUGGCGUAUUGAAUGUUUUAAAGUCAAAUGGUACAGUGGCUUUGUUGGUUGGAGUUCAUUAAUUCGACUUCGACAUAUUACAUCUGGCCUUUAUUUAGCUGUUAUCAGUGAUGAAAAUGGUCCAAAAGUAACUCGUAUACCAAAGAAGAAUGCAAGUCCUAUGGCAAUAACAUUUGAAAUGAAAAUGUCAAAAGAAAAACAAGCCGAAGAAAAUCAAGAAGAAGAUAAUUUAGGUGUACCAACAAUAAAAUAUGGUGAAACAAUUGUUUUUAUACGUCAUGUUGAUUCUGAUCUAUGGAUUAGUUAUGAAACACUUGAAUUAACUAUAAAAGGAAUUGGAAAAGUUGAAGAAAAACGAAUUAUUCCAGUUAUUGAAGGUCAUAUGGAUGAUUGUUUUCGACUUGUACGAGCUCAAGAACAAGAACAAAAAACUGCUUUAGUUAUUCGUAUAUGUAAUGCUAUACUUGGAAGAUUUAAUCGAUCUGAUUCAAUACCAUUUGAUUCCGAAGCAAUAAAUCAAUUAUUAAGUAAAAGUGAUGUUAUACAAGCGCUUCUACAUGAUUUAAUUGGUUUUUUUUCUCAACCAUCAUUAUCACUUGAUCAUGAAGAACGACAAUUACGUCUUAAAAUAUUACGAAAUCGACAAGAUUUAUUUCAAGAAGAAGGAAUGAUUCGAAUAUUAAUAGCAGCAAUAAAUUUUUUCAGUGAACGUCGAGAUAAAUCAACAUUAUUCGAAGGUGUUGAAGAAAAAAUUGAAGAUAUUACAAAUAAACUUUAUGUUGUUUUGGCUGCAUUAAUUAAAGGUAAUCGAACUAAUUGUUCAAAUUUUGCUCAAAGUGCACGACUUAAUUGGCUUGUUAAUCGUUUACAAUCACAACAAGCAUCAAGUGGAGGAUUAGAAGUACUUCAUAGUGUACUUGUUGAUAGUCCAGAAGUAUUAAAUAUGAUUACAGAAUCACAUAUACUUGCAAUUAUUGGUUUACUUGAUAGAAAUGGUCGAGAUCCAAAAGUACUUGAUGUUCUUUGUUCACUUUGUGUUAAUAAUGGUGUUGCUGUUCGUGCUAAUCAAAAUCUUAUUUGUGAAAAUCUUUUACAAAGACAAGAUCUUCUUUUAAAUACUGCAUUAGUUGAUCAUGUUACUUGUAUGCGUCCAAAUAUUGUUGUUGGAGUUGAAGAUGGUGAAUCAAUGUAUAAAAAAUGGUAUUUUGAAGUUAUUAUUGAUCAUAUAGAACAAGUAACACAUGUUCAACCACAUAUUCGUAUUGGUUGGGCAACAACACAUUUUCAACCAUCACCUGGUCAUGGUGAUGGAUUUUCAUCAAAUGGUAUUGGUGAUAAUACAUAUUCAUAUGGUUUUGAUGGUCAAAAUAUUUGGUUUGCUGGUCGUGCAUAUAAUGUAUCAAAUAAUGAUAUAAAACAAAAUGGAUUAAAAAAAAAUGAUGUUAUUGGAUGUUUAUUAGAUUUAGAUAUACCUGAAAUGUGGUUUUCAUUAAAUGGUUUACCUGUUAAAGGUCUUAUAAGAGAAUUUAAUUUAAAUGGCAUGUUUUAUCCAGUUAUAUCUUUAUCAUCUCGUGUCAGUUGUCGAUUUAUAUUUGGUGGUGAACAUGGUCGUUUUACGCAUCGACCACCUGAAAGCGUAGCACCAAUUUAUGAAGCUAUGUUAAUUAAACAAAGACUUUGUAU